AUGCUGGAGCUGCAUCUGGCCACGCCAGGAGCAGCAGUAGUAGUAGAAAGAGUAGUAGCAGCAAGAGCAGCAGUAACAGCAGGCGAGGGCUCCGCGGCAGCUGCAGGGGCGGCUUCUCCAGGGGCGGUAGUUGUAGGGGCGGCUACUCCAGGGGCGGCUGCUCCAGGGGCGGCUGCUUCAGGGGCGGCUGCUCCAGGGGUGGCUGCUGCAGGGGAGGCUGCUCCAGGGGCGGCUGCUGCAGGGGCGGCAGCUCUUGGGGAGGCUGCUGUAGUGGCGGCAGCUCUAGGGGCGGCUACUUCAGAGGCAGCUGCUCCAGGGGCGGCUGCUGCAGUGGUGGCUGCUCCAGGGGCGGCUACUGCAGGGGCGGCUGCUCCAGGGGUGGCUGCUGUAGGGGCGGUUGCUGCAGGGGCGGCUGUUGCAGGGGCGGCUGCUGCAGGGGCGGCUGCUCCAGUGGCGGCUGCUCCAGGGGCGGCUGCUGCAGGGGCGGCUGCUGCAGUGGCGGCUGCUCCAUGGGCGGCUGCUGCAGGGGCGGCUGCUCCAGGGUCGGCUGCUGCAGUGGCGGCUGCUCCAGGGGCGGCUGCUGCAAUGGCGGCUGAUCUUGGGGCGGCUGCUGCAGUGGCGGCUGCUCCAUGGGCGGCUGCUGCAGUGGCGGCUGCUCCAGGGGCGGCUGCUGAAGGGGCGGCUGCUCCAGGGGCGGCUGCUACAGGGGUGGCUGCUCCAGAGUCGGCUGCUGCAGUGGCGGCUGCUCUAGGGGCGGGUUAG